CUGUGGUGAAGCCCCGCCCUUCCCAUCGUCAACAACUGGAUUUGGAACUACUUAUUUUCGUCAGCUAGCAUUGCUAGCAGGCUAACGAUGGAUUAUUGCGUUUGUAAGCGAUGACCAUUAUCCGGGUGGACUUUUAUUCACCGUGAAGCGCUUCAUUGAUGUCUUGGGUCGCACAUGCGACUUAAAACGAGCAACAGCAGCGGAAAGAUCGACUGGUGAACCGCCCCUUAGCUAGCCCUGGAAGCUAGCGCUAGCCGAGCCGCUGACAGUUGCCUCGGUUAGCUACGUCAAUUUAACUCAAACGUAGCUAAGGAUUUUUCUGAUGCGCAAUUCAUCAUCUCUGACGCUGAAGGUACCAAGGCCCUGGCUGUUGUCACAUUGCAGUUUUUCGGAACCCAUUAGAAAACACGAGGUGGAUCUCGGCUGGACUCGUCGUUGGUGCCAUUGAGGCAAAUCGAAAGUCAGCAACUUGUCCAUGCACGUUGAUUUGGAUCCUCAAGAGCUGCCAGUAUGAUGCCGAUGAUAUUGACUGUGUACCUCAGUGAUGGAGAACAAGCCGCAGCUGAGGUACCCAUCACACCCGAGACGACGUGCCGAGACGUUGUUGACUUCUGUAAAGAGCCCGGCGAGAGCGGCUGCCACCUGGCUGAGGUCUGGAGAGGCAAUGAGCGAGCAAUCCCCUUUGAGCACAUGAUGUACGAACAUUUGCAGAAGUGGGGACCACGAAAACAAGAAGUCAAGUUCUUCCUCCGUCAUGAAGAUUCACCAACUGAGAGCAGCGAUCAAGGGAGUCAGCAGUCUCAGGAUCAAACCAAUCGCAGAGGAGGAAGUACCGGAGAGAAGCACAAUGAGAACGUGGUGGGGAAUCAGCGGGUGGAGCUCACGCUGUCAGAGCUGCAGGAGAUGGCCACCCGUCAGCAGCAGCAAAUCGAGGCUCAGCAGCAGAUGCUUGUUGCAAAGGAGCAGCGUUUGCGUUACCUGAAGCAGCAGGAGCGGCGUCAGCAGCAGACCGUGUCGGAGAGCGAAAAGCUUCAGAAGUUAAAGGACCGCGUGGAGAGCCAGGAGGCCAAGCUCAAGAAGAUCCGAGCAAUGAGAGGCCAGGUGGACUACAGCAAAGUCAUCAACGGCAACCUGUCAGCAGAGAUCGAACAAGUCAGCGGCUUGUUUCAGGAGAAGCAGGCUGAGUUACAGGCGGCGGUUCUGCGAGUGGAGCAGCUUAGUCUGCAGCUGGAGGAUCUGCGGAGAGGAAAGCUCAAUGGGAUACAAACUGGUCUGGGCGGUCAAGUGACUGGUGCUGCAGCCUUGGAGCUUCGUAAGCUCUACCAAGAGCUCCAGAUUCGUAACAAACUGAACCAGGAGCAAAACGGCAAGCUACAGCAGCAGAAGGAGCUUCUGAACAAGCGAAACAUGGAAGUGACGCUCAUGGACAAGCGCAUCAGUGAGCUGCGGGAACGCCUCUACAAGAAAAAAGCUGAGGCACGUCAAAAAGAGAAUCUCCCUUUAAAUAGAGCCAAUGGACCUCCCUCCCCCCAACCAGCUCCUGGUACGUUGGGUCGAGUUGCUGCUGUUGGGCCUUACAUCCAGGUUCCUGUACCAAGUCGACAGGAUGGUGGCUACACCCUACCGCCUGAUCCAUUGAAGCCUCAAACGUUAGGUGUUAGUAACCAAACUAACCAAGGACGACCCAAAUCAGACGGUGUGCGAAAGCCUCCCGGCCCUUGGAAAGUGUCUGAUUUAGACAUCGUUGUGGACCCGGUUCCCCCAUCAGAAUCCCACGCUGCUCCUGGAGCCUCCAGUGGCUCUGACGGCACGUCUCCUAAUGAUGCCGGUUGGCCUUCUGGAGGCAAAACCAGCACGACUCUAAAGCCUCCUGAGAGACGAGACUCAGGCACUGAUAGUCAGGGCAAAAGCCCCCCCUCAGGCUCACCUGUCACUCCAAAUGCAGAAAAGGUGCUAGAUUCCAAAAUUGCUGUAUCCUCUCCUUCCAUCACCAAGCCGCAGCCGCCGCCGUACGGAUCCCACCUCACUUCUGCAAACACAGCCAGCUCCUUGGAGCGCCGCAAAGAUGUGCCUCCCCCUCGUCCCCUUCCAAACCCCCCAGCUCCGGCCUGGUCCCGCCUCCCCCCCUCCACGGGCUCCUCCUCCCAGCAGAUCCAACAGCGGAUCUCGGUCCCACCGAGCCCCACCUUCCAGCCCAACGCACCCCUUUUCCCUCCUGGGUUUAGCGAGCGUCUGGAUCCGCCCCCUGCUGUGGCAGUGCGCCCCUUUAUACCAGAGAGAGGGUCACGACCCCAAUCGCCUCGUAAGGGCCCCCCUACUGUGAAUUCUAGCUCUAUUUAUCACAUGUACCUCCAGCAGGCGGCACCAAAGAGCCAACCACUAAAGCCUGCUCUCAAAGCAGUAUACGGGAAACCUGUUCUCCCCUCCAGCUCGACUCCCCCUUCCCCCCUGCCUUUUGUCCAGACAGGAGGGGCUUUUCCAAUGCUCCAAAGCCAACCGGGCGGUGAAGAUGCUUUAGACGGAGAAUUUGAUGAUCUGGAGAGCUUCCAUCAUCUGGAGCCUUCAGCACCUCCUCCCAGUGUGGAGAACAUCCCACGGCCGCUCAGUCCCACUAAGCUAACACCUAUGGUACACUCCCCGCUGCGCUACCAAAGUGAUGCAGACCUCGAGGUGCUCCGUAAAAAGCUAGCUAAUGCUCCAAGGCCACUGAAGAAGCGCAGCUCCAUCACAGAGCCAGAGGGCCCCAGUGGACCUAACAUCCAGAAACUGCUGUACCAGAGAUUUAACACGCUAGCAGGAGGCAUCGAGGGGACUGGAGUUGGUGGAUCAGGAGGAGGUAGUGGUGCUGGAAAUGGGACGCCAUUUUAUCAGCCAGCGAAUCCUCCUGAGUAUCUGGGAGGCAAUUCUUUGGGUGACACAGACAACGGCAACCUCCUCUCUGAGAUACCGCUAGCACGAGCACAGGGGGAGGAAGAACUGGGCUCUGAGGCGUCUCCCGCCGCCACAGAUGCUAACGACAACGAGCCAGUGUCGUCGUCGCCUGACGAAGCUGCUUAUGCCUCUGAAGAAGAGGAGCUGGAGGAAAACAACAAUACUGUGGAAGGUUCUGAGGCGUCAUUCCCCAGCCCGGUCCUGGAAGUCUGCACUCCAGAGGAGAGCGGCACAGCUGUCUCCCAACAGCUGGAUAAGCGCACAAACCUGAAGAAGCCAAACUCUGAGCGCACGGGCCACAGCUUCAGAGUCAAGUUCAAUCCUUUAGCCUUGCUGCUCGACGCUUCUCUGGAGGGAGAGUUUGAUCUGGUCCAGAGGAUCAUCUAUGAGGUGGAGAAUCCCAGCACUCCGAACGACGAGGGCAUCACGCCACUGCACAAUGCCGUGUGUGCUGGACACCACCACAUCGUCAAGUUCCUGCUGGAUUUUGGUGUGAACGUCAACGCUGCAGACAGCGAUGGAUGGACCCCUCUUCACUGUGCCGCCUCCUGCAACAGCGUUCAUCUCUGCAAAAUCCUGGUGGAAUCGGGAGCUGCAAUCUUUGCCACCACUAUUAGCGACGUGGAGACGGCAGCAGAUAAAUGCGAGGAAAUGGAGGAGGGCUACAUCCAGUGCUCCCAGUUUUUACACGGUGUUCAGGAGAAGCUGGGCGUGAUGAACAAGGGGACAGUGUACACUCUGUGGACCUACGAAGCCCAGAAUUCAGACGAGCUGUCGUUUAGGGAGGGGGACGCCAUCACCAUCGUGCGUCGACAAGAUGAGACUGAAACAGAGUGGUGGUGGGCGCGGCUUGAGGACAAAGAGGGCUACGUGCCCCGCAACCUGCUGGGGCUCUGUCCUAGAAUCAAACCCCGUCAGCGCUCCCUGGCGUAGCGUCUCACACCGAAACAGCAACCAAGAGCAGAGAACAACUUUCGUCUUCUCCCUGUGGACACAACCUUCCCCAGCCCCUUUGCUUUCACAGAUUCCUCCCCUCUGAAGCAGAGGGGCACUAAACUCUGAUGCAUACUCUCAUCUGCACACACUAAAGGCAAAAAGCGAGCACUCCAAAGUUUCUGAAACUACUUGUGCUGCCCCUCCUCACGCCUCCACCUCUCAUUAUCUGGAUGGACAUCGAUUUAAAUCAGGCGUUUUCUCUUUUUUCUCUCAGUAUUUCCUGCAGUGUUCUUCCUUAAAGAGGUCAAAGGUGACUCUAGUUUACAUGAUGCUUAAUUACUGAAGGUUCAUCUUUAAGGGUGAGACUGCUUUUUGUCGCUGAGCUAUAAUAUUAGAUACUUUUAGGCCAAUUCAAUCUAAAGCUGUAGACUAACCACCAAAGAUAAGAAUAAAUUUAACAAUCGAAACUCUAUUAUUACCCUAAGAGGGGAGAAAAUCAGUUUAUUAUGCUGCUAUGGCUCCCAAGAGUCCUCAGUAAAUAUUCUCUGGGAGCAAAAAUUGUCAUUUGAUGGAAAAAAGAACCAAGUAUUAAUCGCACAGGCUACUUAAGGGGAUUUAUUGAAUACAGCUCACAUUAUGUCAUGACUUGCAUUUCAUAAAAAGAGUGAAAGACCGUUUACCCCCACCCCCGUUUAUUGUUAUCAGUCCUGAAAAUAAAUGCGAGAUUGUUGUGGAAAUGUGGCAAGAACACUAAUAAAUUAUACCUGAGCCUUUG